UGACAUAACGCUUUGGGGAAUUGUGGUAGGGAAGGAGUAGGAUCUGCGCGCACCCUGGCCAUGAAAUCAGACACAGGAUCUAGGCUGCUGGCAGUAGAGAGGAUCUACCUCUGUAAUCAAUACGGCAGCACAGCCAGACUCCAGCGCACGCACAGGAUGAUCUGAUAGAGGGGGGAAAUCAUGGCCACGUCAAAUCUUCUGCCUCUUCUUCACGAGCCUCCUCAUUAAUAAUUCACUUUAUUACCUUCGGAUGCAGAGUUUGGGGAAAAUACAGUAUCAGGGAGUGUUAAAUAUUUUGAAAGUGGACAGGACAAAAAAGCAAAGAAGACUUUUUUUCUUGGAGAGAGGGGUCACAAUUUGGGAAGGGUCACAAUUUGGGAACUGUGAGGCUGCUGUUUCUUUCUACCCCCCUCUCUAUUUUCCUGCACAGCUGAGAGUGGGAGAGAGGAAGAGAGAAGAGAAUAACAUCGGGAUGAUGGUGCUGAAUGUACUGCGCUCCUUUAAGGAGCUGUCCGUGGUGCUGACAGCAGUAACCUGCGCUCUCUUACUCCAAGCAUUACCUGCCCGGGCACAGAACGACACCGAACCUAUAGUUCUGGAGGGUAAAUGUCUAGUGGUGUGUGAUUCUAACCCGGCUACUGACUCCAAGGGCUCCUCAUCUUCACCUCUGGGGAUCUCAGUAAGGGCUGCAAACUCCAAGGUUGCAUUCUCAGCUGUCAGGAGUACCAACCAUGAACCAUCAGAGAUGAGCAAUAAGACAAGGAUUAUCUACUUUGACCAGAUCUUAGUAAAUGUGGGAAACUUUUUUACGCUGGAAUCGGUCUUUGUGGCCCCAAGAAAAGGAAUUUACAGCUUCAACUUUCAUGUUAUAAAAGUUUAUCAAAGCCAAACAAUACAGGUUAAUUUGAUGCUUAAUGGCAAACCAGUCAUUUCGGCUUUUGCUGGGGACAAAGAUGUCACUCGUGAGGCUGCAACCAAUGGAGUUCUUCUGUAUUUGGAUAAAGAGGACAAAGUUUACUUAAAACUAGAAAAAGGCAAUCUAGUUGGUGGAUGGCAGUACUCUACAUUUUCUGGCUUUCUGGUGUUUCCUCUGUGAAGUUUGUGACAAUCACCUUGGCGUGGGACAGCUGACAAACCUUCACCUUUGUAAUUUGAAGAUCAUUCUUGUCAUUAAUGGAUUGGUGUCUCCUUACUGACUUCUCAUGGUGGAACCUGGAUUACACUCUCGCCGAAUUCCAAUGACAUUUCAAAGAAAAUAUUUGGUGUGUUUGAAGUAUAUUUGGAAUCCAUCAGACAAUGAUUAUAUAUGCCUAAUGUUACAGUUUAAUGCUGCCUGCAAGUUUUAUUCAGAUUUCAUUUAAAGAAAUUCAUUUGUCCUGAAAAAGAAAACAUGGUAUCACAUGUUACAUAAAGGACAAAGUCUAAUUAGCUAAGUUUGUGUUGCAGACUUAAAUCAAGUAUUGGUCUUUUGCUGCUAAAUAGUAAAAGUCUAAAAAGAUUUGUAAUGUAAGAAUAAAGCUACUAAUAGGACACUAUAUUGGUUGUAAUUAUCCUGGUGCAUUUAAUUUCCACAUGUGUUGUUAACUACAUAGAUAAAUUAAGUAUUGAUAUAUUCUAAUGAAGGUGCAAUGCUAUUGGUCAUGAGUCAUGGAGGAAUCACAAUCAUUUCCUUAGUUUCAGGAAGAGGUCCUGUAAGAAAACUGUCCCACCAACCUGCAGAACUGUGGAGGUUCCACAGCUGUCCUUUCUAUUACUCAUGCAACAUUUGUGAGAACUGGAAAAUAAUGAAUUGGGUGGUUUACAUCUUUCUAGAUCUAGACUAAUUCACAUGAUAGGAUAUGAUAGGUGCCAAAAACUCAAGUGAUUCAUCUAACGUGGGCGCCUCCAGUUUUUUCCCCUAUAAUGCAAGCCCUGGAAAGCAGUCUGUCUCAUCUUAAAAAUUGGUUUGGCAAAUUGGUCAAUAUACAGUAUUAGAAACUGAUAGUGCUCCUUUAAUCUUUACUUCUACUAUUUAAUUUGUGGAAGUCUGGAAAGUUUUUGCAGCAAGGUGUUCUUAAGCAGCAUGUUCCAACAAUAAAACAAAUAGAUCAUAACAAUGACAAAAAAAUGCUUACCCGACAUUUAAGUGAUCCAUCUUGCAGUGCUCAGAAGAAGCAGCUUUGCCCUGCAGGAUGUCUCAAUCUCACUUCUCAAGUUUAAUUAGCAUGAUUGAUCAUAUGCACUUUAUUAGAAACCUGGGGAUGUUUUUCUACCUACAGAAUCACUAUUAGCCUGAGAAGAGGGUCUUAUUUGUAUAUCCUAUGUUGUCUUAUUAUUUAUCUUUUACACAUAUCUUAUCAGUUGAUGCCUUAAAAUGAUUAAAACAUCAUUAAUUAUCAGAGAGCUGUAAAAAAAAUAAUUCAAUCCAUAGCGAUGCUUUAGUUAAAUUACUGAGUAUAUUUGUAGAGUGGAAAAUAUAGAUUUUACUGUCACAUCUCAGUGUUGAAAUGAUAUAUAAUAAAGGUUAAUAUGUGAUAGAAGUUUUGACCUUUGGAUUUUGAAAACAUACAUGAUACGGUUUGUUGCUUUAUUUGAUAUAUAAAUCGCUUGGAUUGUUGAGGGCCUUGGGCUCAGAGAAAGCUGCCUGAUAGGUGACAGGAAAAUACCAAUUACUGCAAGCUAAAUACCUUAAUCCUCCAUAUAUUUUCACACAAAAAAAUUAAAUGAAGAAAAAAAAGAAGAAUGUUAGCAGAAAAAGAGAUUCUGUGGGGAAGUUAACCCUUAAAGAGAAAUUCAAAUAGAAACCAUUAAAACAACAACAUUGUCCCUUUCAUGGAACAUAUUAUGUUUGGAGAUUUCAUUUGGUCAAAUAAAUGUGUUGCUGUUUUUACUUUCUACUUGUCACUUACUGUAGGAGUGUGCCUUUAGUGAAUGACAUAAAACAAAGUUUUAUUUUGGUCAAUGGAUGUUUUUUUUUUCUCAAUAAAUGCCCAGCCAAUGAAAACUCAAAAUGCAUGUCCCCUUUGAGAUCUGUCUUAAACGUAUUGGAUUGGAACGGUAACUGCACAUAUAAACAGCGUUAACUAACAGUCUACCAAUUCUGUCAUCUGACUGUUAUAAUUGGACGUACAAUAGAUCAGAUUGAUUAAAAGGGAGAAGUGAUAAAAGGCAUACAGUAAGUUGCAAAAGAAAAAAACGUGAAAUGUGUAUCUUUUUUGUUUCUGUUCUGUUACUUUAUUAAACUCAAUAUUGCCUUG